AUGCUCUCCCUCGCCUCUCUCAACCGCGCCCUCACGACUCUUCUCUUUCUGCGCCGGCCCCUCAUGACUCACCCACAACCAGCACCCAUGACUCCCACUCCCACAACUCCCUCUCCCACAACUCCCCCAGCACCCAAGCGCCGCCGUCUCCACAGCACCACCCCCCGCCCACAACGCCCACCACCACCCCCCGCCCACAAUGUCCACCACCACCCCCCCCCCCCAACCCCCCGCAUCAAACUAACCCCCACCGAAGAAACCGUGCGCCGCCUCCUCCUCGACGUCGGCGCCGAAAUAGACACCUACAACCGCACCACCGGCGCACGCAACAAGGAGCCCGUCGUACUGCGCUUCACGGGCGGCUGGGUGCGCGACAAGCUGCUCGGCGUCCCCAGCCACGACAUCGACGUGGGCAUCAGCCGCAUGACGGGCUACAACUUUGGCCUCUACCUGGCCGACUUUCUGCAGCGCCACUACCACAGCUAUGGCAUUGAGCCCGGCGCCGUGCACAGGAUUGAGAGCAACCCGGAGAAGAGUAAGCAUUUGGAGACGGCGACGAUGAAGAUUCUGGGACUGGAUGUGGAUCUGGUGAAUUUGAGGAGUGAGGUGUAUAAGGGGGAUUCGAGGGUGCCGAUUAUGGAAUUCGGCACCCCCGUCCAAGACGCCCUCCGCCGCGACUGCACCGUCAACGCGCUCUUCUACAACCUGCACACGCGCCGCGUCGAGGACUACACGGAGCACGGGCUCGAGGACAUGCGCAACAAGAUUAUCCGCACGCCGCUGCCGCCGCAGGAGACCUUUGACGACGACCCGCUGCGGAUACUGCGCCUGGUGCGCUUCAGCUCGCGCCUGGGCUUUGAGAUUGUGCCCGAGGCGAGCGAGGCGAUGAGGUUGCCGGAGAUUAUUGACGCCCUCCGCCACAAAAUCUCCCGCGAACGCGUCGGCGACGAGCUGCACAAAAUGCUCACCGGCCCCUCCCCGCACCACUCCCUAACCCUCCUCCACACCCACUCCCUCUACCCCGCCAUCUUCUGCCCGCCCACCACGCCCUUCCCGCCCUCCCUCCCCCUGCACACCCUCCCGCGCGCCCUCGCCGCAACCCGCCACCUCACCACACUCCCCACGCCGCUCCUCCCCACGCCGCACGACCACUACCUCCUCUGGCUGCUGGCGGCGCUGACGCCGUGGGCCGGCGUCGUGCUUGAGGUUGAUAUGAAGCGCGGGACGCCGGCGGCGGCCACGGCGGCCCGCGAGGGGCUCAAGGCGGUGAAUAGGGAGUUGGGCGCGGCGUGGAGGAGCUGUGUGUUGCUGAGUGAGGUGUUGGAGCUGGUGGAGGUGUGGGGGGAGGGGGAGGAGGGGCCUUCAAAAGAAUCACAAGCCAUAAUCGACAAAUACGAACACCUCGCCGCCCGGAUCGUAGAGCUCGGAAUGGAAGAAGCCUAUCUCAUCAAGCCACUCGUCGACGGCAACGAACUCAUCACAAUCUUCUCGCGCCCGCGCGGCGCAUGGAUCGCAAAGACGCUGCCCAAGAUCCUCGAAUGGCAGUGGGACCACCCCGCCGCGGGCAAGGAGGAGGCGCUGGCGUGGGUUAAGGCGCAGAGGGAGUUUUUGCUCGGGGCUUAA